AUGAGUGGCAUUACCAACGAAGCUGCCAUAGAGGAUCAUGAUCCUACUCUCAAUGCUGGGGUAGAAAAAGAAAGACUUCAUGAGCAUGAAGACGCAGUCAGGGGUGAAGUCGAACAACCCGACGCUCCGGGGGUCGCUUCGACAAGGACUGCAGAGGGUGGCCGCGCAAAAUCAACAUUGGACAGGGUCAAGGAAGCAUUCCAUAGACAGAAACUGCGCACCGAAAAGGGUGUCUAG